AGCUCCCGGAGACCUCAGCUCACAUCUGCUUCCCUUGUGGCCCCUGCCUGUCCUACAAGCUGCCCUGACAGUGGCUCUGGGCUGAGAUGGAGACGUGAGCCUGCAUGGACGAUGACUGCAGUGUUUGUGAAUGGAGGCGGCCUGGUGAACACACACGGUGACAGGUGGGACCGGCGGGACAGCGUGGAAAGCAGCUGCCAGACGGAGUGUGGCCAGGAGGGCGAGGAGGACCAGCCGCGCCAACUGACGCCCUUCGAGAAACUGACUCAGGACAUGUGCCAGGAUGAGAAGGUGGUGAGGGAGAUCACGCUGGGGAAGCGCAUAGGCUUCUAUCGAAUUCGAGGCGAGAUCGGAAGCGGAAACUUUUCCCAGGUCAAGCUGGGCAUUCACUCCCUAACCAAAGAAAAAGUGGCCAUUAAGAUUCUGGACAAGACCAAGUUAGACCAGAAAACCCAAAGGCUGCUAUCCAGAGAGAUUUCCAGCAUGGAAAAGCUACACCAUCCCAACAUCAUCCGCCUUUAUGAAGUCGUGGAGACCCUGUCCAAGCUCCACCUGGUAAUGGAGUAUGCUGGAGGCGGGGAGCUCUUCGGGAAAAUUAGCACUGAGGGGAAGCUCUCUGAACCGGAAAGCAAGCUCAUCUUCUCCCAGAUAGUGUCGGCGGUGAAACACAUGCAUGAAAACCAAAUUAUUCACAGAGAUCUGAAAGCAGAGAAUGUAUUUUAUACCAGUAGCACGUGUGUGAAGGUGGGAGAUUUUGGAUUCAGCACCGUGAGUAAGAAAGGUGAAAUGCUGAACACCUUCUGUGGGUCUCCGCCUUAUGCCGCGCCCGAACUUUUCCGAGAUGAACAUUAUGUUGGUGUCUAUGUGGAUAUCUGGGCCUUGGGUGUCCUUUUGUACUUCAUGGUGACUGGUACAAUGCCAUUUCGAGCAGAAACCGUGGCCAAACUAAAGAAGAGCAUCCUUGAGGGUACCUACAGCAUACCCCAGCAUGUGUCAGAGCCCUGCCACCGGCUCAUCCGAGGAGUCCUUCAGCCCGUACCCGCAGAGAGGUAUGGGAUCAGCUACAUCAUGAACAAUGAGUGGAUGCGAGGAGUGCCAUACCCCACCCCUCUGGAACCCUUCCAACUGGAUCCUAGACAUCUGUCAGAAGCCAGCAGCCUUGAAGAGGAGGAGAACGAGGUCAAAAGCACGUUAGAACAUUUGGGGAUUACAGAUGAGCAUAUUCGCAACAACCCAGGGAGAGACGCUCGCAGCUCCAUCACGGGGGUCUACAGAAUCAUUUUACAUCGAGUGCAAAAGAAAAAGGCUCUGGAAAGGGUGCCAAUAAUGACGCUCCCAGAACCUAAAGAAAGGGACCUAAAGAAAGGAUCCCGCAUCUAUAGAGGCAUAAGACACACAUCUAAAUUCUGUUCAAUUUUAUAAGUCAUUAUCAGGCAGCUCGUAACUAACCACAAAGUUUCUGCUUUUAACUUUUGUCACAGACAACUUGGAUGGAAACAUUUUUGUAAUUUUUAAAUAAAAUUUAAAUUUGGCAUAUGCAUAGCACUCCCC